AUGCUAGUUACAGUGAAUUGCAAGAGAUUAAACGCUUCUGAAAACAGCUAAAUCAUAUGUGUCGCCCCAUACAGUUUGUUUGUCAGUUUUGCUUUCUUGGAACUGUUUCAAAUUUAAAAUAAUUCCCGCGAAAAUACUGUAGAAAGUGUAUAUAUGUAUGAUUAAUAGAUGACAGAACUGUAGUACUAUUAUCAUAAUGUUUUAGGUGAUCUGGGCCAACUCCUACCUGGUCGGCUGUGGCGUAACUCAAUGUCCAACCAUCACCAACAUGGGUUCUGACUUUGACAAUGGAUUCAUCAUUGUGUGUAACUACCAGACCGCAAUUAACUACAUUACUGAGCCAGUUGACAUUGCUGGCGACGUAUGUUCUCAAUGUCCUUCUGACCGUGUCUGUGACGAUGGAUUGUGUUCGUUAGAUUUGGCUACAUCUUCAGCUACCGAGGUGACUGAUGACUUUGAAGCAACUACUCAAGUUUAA